UACAAUUACCAAGAACAUAUCCAAUGACCAGCGAAAAGUCUUCGACAAUGUCAUCGCAAUCUUUCAUUCUCCUUACACCUCGACUAGUUAUCAUUCCCACACCCCUCGCCGUCCACAACAAAUCUUAUCUAAAUCUCUACGCCAGCGUACACGCCGACGCAUCUUUUUGCGAAAUGGGAUUCGGAGCUCAUUUCGCACCCAGAAAUUGGACGGAAGAAGAUACGCGGGAAACCAUUUUAACACGAGACAUUGCUCGAUGCUGGCGACCUAGGAAUAUGGGAGACUUUGCAGUGGGCGUACGAUCAACAGCGCAUAUCGACCAACUGACCACACGACCCGUUACUGGAACCAAUGACGAACUACAUAUCAUCGAAGGCCAAGAUGCGGAAACAAUAACUCAAGCAUUGAGUCAUGUGGAAUGGGUAGGAUAUGCAGGUGUGCGUGAUGCUACUACAACAUCCCUGCCACCACGCACCGAUACAGACCCCCCGUUACCGCACUGGCUGGAAAUGAUAGAAAUUCGUUACGGUGUUGCUCCAGCGUACUGGGGUAAGGGUAUGGCCCGCGAAGCCGCAGAAGCCGUUAUGCAGUGGGCUUAUAGACAACGAGGCGUGAGGAGGUUUGUUGCUGAGACGCAAAAGGAGAAUUCAAGGAGUGCGAGGGUGUUGGAAAAGAUGGGUUUCACAAGGAGGGAUGGGAUAGAUUAUUGGAAAGAUGAGGGAGAGAUAGAGUGGGAGAGAGCGCUCGUCUGAAAGUGCGAGCUCAAGGCGGCAGGGACUGAUUUUGUUGAUCCGCGGACCAGCAUGCAGAAUUUCUGGCCAUGGUACAAACGAUGCUGAAGUGGCUGUGAAAGGUGUUAAGCGGGAAAAUCCAAUGUGUUGGAUAUCAUGAAAGAAUUGAAAGGGAAGGCUGAGUAUAGCGAGGAUGGAAAGGCAUCACUCCAGAGCACGAAAACCAAAGACAGGGAGGAUCGGAAAACAUAAAGUGGUAUGAGAGCAUACUCCUCUAGACUAGUCCGUUCUAGAAGGUUUGGUAGCGUAUGUUGCGGUCCAUGGUGGAGACCGGCAGAUGGGUCCUCGGAGGAUGAUGAGGCUGAUAAGUCGGAGGACAGAUUGUCAGGGCAUGUCAACGGAAAGCUUUCUACAAUGAGUAAUAUAGCACCUAGCGUCUGCUCCACAUUUACUGGCGACCUACCGUAGUGUCCACGAUGGACCGUUUCGACAAUGGAUUUUUUUUUCUUGC